GUACAUCGGGUUCGGGAUACAUAAAAAAUAUGCAUGUUAUAUCUAAAAGUAAUAGUUAUUGUUUAUCUUUACUUGAUUAUAAUAAUAAUAAGAAGAAAAAGAAUUAAAAACUAGCAAUACAUCUGGCAUAUCAAGUUAUUUUCCUAAAGUAUUUUAUUCUUUAAAAUGGUAAAGAAGUUGAGUACUAUUUUUUUAUGCAUUCACUUCCGCCUGGUGUUGUUCGGCAUUCUACAAAUAGAAACAGCGUAAUUUACGUGUGAGAAUUGUUAUUAUACUGGAAAGAAUAAAAUGGCGACCAUGUCUUCUGGUAAAGAUGAUUUUGGGAAGCAGUCAAUAGUUGAUGACUUCAUGUAUGGGUCCAAUGUGGCCACUGCUCAUGUUUACAUCAGAAUGGGCUUUCUGAGGAAGGUGUAUGGGAUCCUGUCGGCCCAGCUUCUGUUGACUACGAUAACAGGCUUCUUGUUCAUGUCCAGCGAGACGGUCACAAACUACGUACAGCAAAAUCACUGGAUGCUUCUGGUAGCCAUGGUGGGCAGUAUUGGAUUGGUCAUUGCUCUGAUGGUGUACAAAAACCAGACCCCCACAAACUAUAUACUACUGGGACUCUUUACAAUGUUUGAAGCUUAUUGUGUUGGAACAGUGGUGACCUUCUACAAAGUGCACAGUGUGCUGGAGGCCUUCCUAAUGACGCUCGUGGUCGCAGUCAGUCUUACCAUGUACACACUGCAGAGCAAGAAGGAUUUCAGCUCCUGGGGAGCAGGAUUGUUUGCCUGUCUAUGUGUUCUUCUGGUGGCUGGUAUUCUACAGAUUUUCUUUCCCACGGUUUUGAUGGAUCGACUGAUUGCCGCCGGAGGAGCUCUGCUUUUUUCACUGUUCAUCAUCUUUGACACGAGCAUGUUGAUGCACAAACUGUCCCCCGAGGAGUACAUCGUGGCUUCUGUUAAUCUCUACCUGGAUGUCAUCAAUCUGUUCCUCCAUAUUCUGAGACUCAUGGGAGAGAGGAAGUAGAGAGAAUUCUGGGUAAAGCAAUGAAAAAGAAGAAAAUUAAGGAUAACUAAGAGAAUUAGGGAAGAGGAAUUUUAAACUUGAAAUGUGGUGGGGAAAAUUUCAAAAUUGUGUAAAGGUGUAAUCAUUCAUGUCUUUUGUCAGUGCUGGUUUUCAUAUUAUUUGUUACACAUGUUCCUGAAGAACUUGCCGUUUUUAUCGUGAAAUAACUUUCUGUUUUCUUGAGACUGAAUUAAAUUCAAUACGUUUCUACAUGUAGGUGAAAUCAUUCCUUCUCCAGUGAGGGAGAGAAUUGCUAUAUAUACAGUGUAUGUUUAUUGAUACAUGUAUUAAAGUGCUCUGUAUAUUGAAUAUCCGGUAUAUGUCUUUUAUUGUUUGUUAUGAAUGUAAAUUAUUCAAGAUAUCCAAAAUGUUACUUAA